AUGCCUGGUGUUCCUCCUAAUACUGUCGACCUCCUGAAGAAGUUCGGCCGUUCUCUGUUUAACCGCAAGAAGAAGAGCAAGACUCCCGUCGAAGAGACCACAGAGCACGGCGAGCAGUCAAGCCAGACCCCUUCAGCUGCCCAUGACACCCCCGUCAACGUUCCAGCCGUCGCUGCUCCUCCUCCUCCUGCGGCCGAGAACGCCGCCGCCGCAGCUCCACAAAUCGAGGAAUCCCGAGAAGUAGCACCAACAGCUGCACCCGCCGCGGAGACCAUAACCCCUGCGCCAGCGCCAGGUGUCGAUGUGCCAAAAGAAGCAGAGACCGUACUACCGUCGCAACCAACAGCCCCCCAGCUUGACGCACCCAAGAAGGAGGAUCCUAUUGGAGAAAUCGAUCUGCCUUCAACAGAGUACAAGAAGACCGAUGAGGUUGCCGCUCCUGCCGCCGCUGCUACCGCCCCAGCUGUUGCCGCUGCCGCACCUCCUGCCGAGAAAUAA